AUGAGUCAUGAGGGUAAUAUUCAGAUGGAGGCGCCCCUUAGUGCCCCUGAAGGUCACGUCACGAAUGCGAGACUCCCCGGUGGCCGUAUCUACACUGGUGAGGUGAGUGAGGACUGCAUGCACGGCCAGGGAACUCUCACCACUGAUCUGGACGAACACACCGGGACAUUCUUCAAGAAUCUCCCGCACGGUCACGGUGUUUUUCGCGCGUCGGUGGACCCGCACCCCACUGGUGUGCAGAUGUACGAUGGGGAGUGGCAGAUGGGGGAGCGGCACGGCAGCGGCCACAUCAUUUGGAGCAACGGGGACGAGUACACCGGUGGAUUUGCACAUAAUGUGCCGCACGGCCCGAGUGGCCGCUACGCCUUUGCGGACGGCCGCGUGUACGUUGGCGACUUUGCGAGCGGCGUGCGGCACGGCAGCGGACGACUCACGCAGCGCGGCGGUGAUUAUUACGAGGGAGAGUUUGUGCAUGGGGCGAUGAGUGGAAACGGCACCGCAUCCUACGCGGGCGGCCGUCGUGUGUUUGUGGGCCGUUGGGCCAAUGGAAAGAAAAUAAAAGGACGCAUGACAUUUGCGGACAGUCACCGUAUGUAUGAUGGGGAGUGGCUGCGGGAGAAACCGCAUGGAAUGGGAGAAAUGGUGUUUGCAAAUGAUGAUCACUACACGGGUAGAUUUGUGGCAGGCCAGUUGCAUGGUGUUGGCUGCAUUGAGUACCACUCACUCGGUGGUAAAGUUUACCGUGGCACUUUUAUGCAUGAUCAGCCACACGGAAAAGGAACCAUCACAACACCGGAUGGUAACACCGUUGAGGGUUACUUCCGUCACGGUAAACAAUUAGCAGAAGAUGAUACGGCGGCUAUUGAAGAAGUCCUUCGCGAUAUCCGCUCAUUGGGAGAGGAGGCUGCUGCUGUAGUGAAUCAAGAUACAGUCUAUGGGAAAUCACCUCCAGUAUCCGUCGGAUCUACUCAACCACCUUCAGUUAAAUCAUCUGGAGAAAAUAUUUUAGAAGGAUAUAUUCCUUUAACCAAUGGAAAGCAUGAAAAAGAUAAUAACAAGAAUGAUGUAAAUAUCAAAGAAGAUAAUACAUCAGAUAAUAGUUUCAACAAGGCGGGUAUAUUAUCAUCAGAUAUGGGAAAUGUAACAGAAGUUACGAUGCCAAAGCUUCCCAGUCUUAAUCCUUCUGGUCCACUAGAUGAAGUGAAGGGUAGUACCAGUAAUCCAAGCAAAGAAGAGGAAAAGGAGAUAUUAGCAGUUUCCGCUUCUGUUAUAUCUGGUAUUGUUCCAGAUGGAUGCAAAGGAUGGUUAGAAAAGUUCUCUAUUGGUAGAAGCCGAAUUGGACCUUCUAACUGGCGAAGACGGUACUUUAUUCUUGCUUCUUUCAAUACAGUGGUUUGUCUGAGUUAUUACAAGGAUGAAUUGUGCCAUACUCCUGUAACUCUUCUUCGACUCGAUACACAUGAUACUCGUAUAGUCACACGUCCCUCAUUACGAACUCAUAAAGAAGCGACUAAACCUGGUCGUGAUAUUUGUGUUAUUUAUGUGGAGAAUAGAAAAGAGUAUAAACUCUUACUUCGCGCGGACUCGGAAGAUGAGCAUGAUUACUGGGUGGAUGCCUUUCGAAAACUUUUUGAUAUCGUUGAUUACCCCUCUGAUUUUCCUCUCCUUUCAAGCUGCCCUGAAUAG